AUGGAUAUCAAUUCACUACUCUCUCCGCAAGAGUCGGCGGCUCAAUCGCGCCAGUCCACUCCAGCUCGUGGCACUCCCAAAGCCGGCUCAUCGUCAAGCUCUGGACAGGCGUCAAGUACUUCGCCUCACAAACCGCGACGAAGCCGUGCGGCCGGAACAAAGUACAGCUCUGGACCAUCACCGGUCGCGCGCCAAGCUUUGAAAUCUCGCUUACCCGAGCGUGCAAACCAACCUGGGAGCUCCAACAAUCAGGGCGCUGCAGUAGGAAAGGGAAAUGCCCCAACGAAUGACGUGCAAUCAUCGCAUCAGAACCCUUCGUCGAUGACGGCUCUAGCAGAGGUCGCCGCCCUCCAAGGUCAAGGCCAGGCCCAGGGCACUGCCUCUCACAACCAAAAAAGUAACCAGGCCGUCUAUUCGAACAUGUCCAUUUCGCCUAUUUAUCCAACGCCAAAGCCAGUUAAGUUGGUGCAAAAUGCACCGCGAGCUCCAGAGCCGCGGGAGCUGGUGAAACGCAACUUUUCUCAGUCAUCCUUACACCCGGACGCUCAGCAACAGGCAAAUCAGUUGUCCGCUCAUAUCCAGGCAAACCCCCAUUCAUACGAGUCGCACGUUCAGUUUAUUCAGCUCCUGCAUACCGGAUUCGUAAACCAUGUCUAUCCACCCCAUGAUCCGGACGCUCACGGCGACCCUAGGACGUACGACCUGCUCAAAGACCUACGCAGCGCUCGAGAGGACAUGGAUAAGCUUUUUGCGAUGGGUGAGGAUCUCUGGGUGGACUGGAUUCAGGAUGAGACCAUGGUCGCACAAUCGGUUGAUGAGAGGAUUGCUGUCAUGGAGCUUUGUCGGCGAGCUGUUGACGAGGAGUAUGGCAGCACGAAGCUCUGGACGAUGUUCGGAGAGUGGAUGCUUUAUCUUUAUAAUUCUGCGACUGGCCAGGCAGGAGAUCAAGCACAAUGGAGUGAAGAAGAUCGCCUAGUCGGACGAGAAGUUUUCAGCUGGCAGUUAGUGCUUGAUAUAUGGCAGCGAGCAGCCGAGGCCACCAGAUGGCGCAUUCAUGAUAGCCAUCUCAUAUGGACAAAGUUUCUCGAACUUUGCAUCAAAGAUGCCCGUUCUACGGAUAAAGUAGCCCAAGUGCGAGCGAUGUUUGAAUCCCGACUGCAGACUCCACACGCGGCGUGGGACGAGACCUUUCAGCUAUUUUCUGGAUUUGUCGGCAACUACUUCACCGAUAACUAUGAGGAAAUUAUGGCCAACACCGUUGCAAGAGCAUCUGAUGCGAAAGCCAAAUACGCUUGCCGACAAGACUUUGAAGGUAAAGUGCAGCGGGCAUUGGAGUCCAAGGACCGCAAUCUGGAGUGGGCUGUGUAUUCCGAGUAUAUUGAGUGGGAGCUUUUACAAGACCGUAUGUACAGUCACCACUUGAUCAAUGCUCUAUACCAACGUGCUCUGCUACGAUUCCCUACUGAUGUGGCUAUGUGGGAGGACUGCGUCAUGUUUUUGAUUCAACCCCCAGUGGCCGUUCCUCGCAAUGAGAUGUCACUUGUUCUCCCAACGGUCGAACGUGCGACAAGGCAUUGUCCAUGGUCAGGUUCACUGUGGUCGCAAUGCCUACUUGUGGCGGAACGCGAAGGUCUAUCAUUUGACCAAAUUGUAGAGCUCAAGCACAGGGCCACAAGCACAGGUCUUCUGGAUGCCGGCGGUCUCGAAGAGGUUAUCAAAGUCCAUACAAUGUGGUGCAGCUACCUGCGUCGACGCGCAUUCUACCCAGAUGCCAUUGACGAAGAUCUUGACGUCGCCGAAGUUGGCAUUCGUUCCGCAAUCGAGCGAGUUCAAGAGCUUGGAGAAAACAAGUACGGCAAAUCCUAUCAGGGGGACCCCUACUUCCGUCUGGAGAGAAUUUACACACGGUAUCUGAGUGAAAGUGGAAGCUGGGAUAGCGCACGUGAAUACUAUAAAGGCCUCAUUCCUACUCGUGGAAACAGCUACGAGUUCUGGCUAGACUACUACAACUGGGAAAUCAUGUGCUGGCGAACAUUUGUGGAAACUGCCGUGACGCCGGAAGCCGCUAGAAGGACUCCUGUGCCUAGCUAUGCGACAGCGGUGUUGAAACAAGCCAUUAGACGACCGGAUCUAGACUGGCCGGAGAGGAUCAUAACCAAGUACAUUGCGCAUUGCGAGGAUUACGAAGAUGCAGAGGAGCUUCAAGAAGCUAUUGUUGAGACACAAAAGGCCAUGAAAGACGUGGCACGGAGACGACAAAAAGAGGUUCUUGAACGUGUCGCCGCUGAACAAGCAGCCGCUGUUGCUACAGAAACAGCCGCGGCGGCGGCGGCAAAACGACAGUAUGAGGCUGAGAGCAAUGCUGCAGCAGCAGCAGCCGCUUCAAAGCGGAAGCGUGACGAGGAUUUUGCCCAGGCCAAUGACGUACCUACCAAAAAGGCCCGUCCGGAAACGAUACAGACAAGUUAUGAGGAGCCAGCAGAGUUAAAGAGAGACCGUGAGCAUUCUACAGUGGUAGUCAAACACCUGCCGGUGAACGUUAGCCAGUCUCAGAUCCGACAAUUCUUCCGCGAGUGUGGACCGAUCAAUGAAAUCAAAUUUUUACCUUCAGAUCAUGAUUUUGCUACUGCCGUUGUCGAGUUUGAUAGUAAAGAAGACGCAGCGGCGGCUCUUACUCGAGAUCAAAAACGCAUCGACGGCCAAACUGUGGACGUGGAAAUGGGCACUGGCUCGACAGUCUAUGUGACCAACUUUCCACCGACUGCUGAUGAAGCUUAUAUCAAAAAUCUUUUCAGCGAGUUUGGUAAGAUAGUUGAGGUCCGUUUUCCAUCGCUGAAGUACAACACGCAUCGCCGAUUCUGCUACGUUCAGUUUGAGACUGCGGAUCAAGCUAUUGCUGCGACCAAAUUGAAUAGCACUUUUGUCGGUGAUGGCCUUAACUUGCAAGUCAAAAUCUCCGAUCCUUCUCAGAAACAAGACCGACAUGGGCCAAUGUAUGAAGGGCGAGAGAUCCACGUUUCAAAUGUCCACUUCGAAGCUAGUGAAAGCGAUCUCAAGGAUCUUUUUGCUAAGUAUGGAGCCAUUGAAACGGUGCGAAUUCCUCGUAAGGUGAACGGCGAACACCGUGGAUUUGGUUUCAUCAUCUUUUCUACCAAGGAGGAAGCAACUGCCGCUCUUGCUAUGCACAAACAGGAAUUCCGGGGGCGACCACUACAAGUGAAAGUCUCUACGCCAAUGCCCGUCAAACGAGCGGCUACCGUUAUUUCCCAGAAAAGUAGAUCAGAGUCAGCAGAGCCGGAAGCCCACAACGCCGAUAAUGACCGUGCCACUCGAACAUUGGGCCUAAUGAAUAUUCCCGACACAGUCAACGAUAGUCGUAUCCGAGCACUUGCUGAGCCUUUUGGAUCGCUUGUUAAGAUUGUACUACGGCCUGAUCGGGAGGGAGCGAUUGUGGAGUUUGCAGAUGUCAAGGGCGCGGGCAAGGCUUCAUUGGAGUUGGACGGAUGCGAGGUGGUUCCUGGACGCCCAAUUCGAGUAGGCACUGCAAAUGACGUGUUGAGAGGCAAUAGAGCUCCGGUUGUACCAAAACUUUCGUCUGGUACUUUGAUGCCUCAGGUGGGGGGCCCCAUCAAGCGUCCAACACAACCAGGAGCGCGAAGCGGCGGACGCCGUGGUGGACUGGGAUUCAAACGUGGUGGAAGCGCAGCGGCAGAUCGCAUAGAAGCUUCUAGUGAGAAGACGGCCGAAGAAAAGCCACGGAAGACGAACGAUGAUUUUCGGGCUAUGAUUCAGAGCAAUGGAAAGCAGUAA